CACAUGUUUUCAGAGAGUUGCAGUCAAGAUGAAGGUCCUUUUGGUGUUUCUCUUUGUAGUGCUGGGCUUCAGUCUGGCUGAAGGGCGACCUGAGAACAAAUGUGAACUGUUUCACACGUUGAAGGCGUCUAACAAUCUGCAGGAGGCAGGGAAAAGACUGCCUGAGGACGUACUGGCCAAGAUUGUCUGUCACGUGAAGCUUGGGACAGGUUUUGACACCAGUGUGGUGACUCAGCUGUCCAUCAAUUCUACAACACCGGAGGUCUGGACACUUUAUGGCCUUUUCCAGCUCAGCAACCACCUGGUCUGCCAUGACGGCACGACUCCCUCACCCAACAUCUGUGGCAUCGGUUGCAACGACUUGGUUGAUGACGACAUAAGUGAUGACAUUGACUGCCUGUUCACGAUCACCGGCCGUCUUAUUGAAAAAGGUUUCUCUGAUGCCAACAGGAAUGAGUUAAUAAGAAUGAUCCGGCUCAUCUUUCAGGAUGAGUGCAGCAACGAGAACGCCUCUGACUACUUUGCUGACUGCUGAUUCAUUUCACCUGAAUUCAUUAGUGCCUGAGAGCUGUUAUCACUGGAUGAGAGGUGAUUUACGACAGUUGUCAUGAACCUGUAUUUUUCUGUUUGAGUUCUUUGCUUCAUGUUAUUGAUUCAUGUUUAUUUCUGUUUCAUUCUGUAGUUUCUCUCCUCGUGUCAUAAUAAACCAUAAACACUGCUGUAGAAUGUUA